AUGUCCAAAUGGGAGUGUGUGUCGAAAGGAGACAUUGUUUUUCUACUAGACGAGUCCGGCAGUAUUGGAUCUCUGAACUUCGAAAGGAUCAAGUCAUUUGUCAGUUCCGUCGUCGGUCACUUCAAAGUUGGAAGUAACGCCAAUCAAUUCAGCGUAGUCAAUUUUGCGUCCUCUUCUAGAGAGAUAUUUCCACUCAACAGAUAUCACACAGUAGCUGAUAUUCAAUCUGCAAUAUCUUCCAUUCCAUUUAAUAGUGGGGGAACAAGCAUAGGACGUGCCCUUGAUUAUGCCCGGCUGUACUCCUUUAGUCCCGCCAGAGGAGCAAGAAAUGAUUCGGCAAAAAUUGCUGUUCUGAUCACCGAUGGACAAAGCUCCAUUUCCAACCAGCCCGACAAACUUAAAGCCAUGGGGGUCACGAUAUUUUGUGUCGGGGUAGGAACUGGAAUAAAUUCAAUCGUUCUGAGAUCUGUUGCCACGCACAACGACUACACGUAUCUGACAACGUUUGAUUUGUUGCCUUUGUUAACGAACGAAUUGUCAAACGAAACUUGUGGAGAAGACAUAAACGAUUGCCUAGGUGAGCCUUGUCUUAAUGGUGGGACAUGCGAGGAUCAGUUCGGGAAGUAUAUUUGUCACUGUCUGAACGGAAAUACAGACCCUAACUGCUAUAUUCCGGGUUUACCAAAUGUAACAAUAGGAUCCAGUCUAGCAGUAUAUAUUGGGGCAUCUGCAAAACUCAGUUGUUACGUUACAAGCAUGACAAAUAUAUCUUCUAUUGCGUGGCACUACCAGAAAAAAGGCGUCACAACCACUAUCAACACUGGUAAUACCAUUAAAUAUAGCGGCGGUACUGUAAAAGCACCUUCUCUUACCGUUAAAAAUGUUCGAAUUGACGAUAUAGGAAACUAUAGAUGUUUGGUUCAAAACUCAGCAGGCACAGGCCAAAGUGCAAAAAUGAUUUUUCUAGAUUUAAAGCGAGGUUUCCCUGUGAUCUACCUACAUAGAACAAAGUACGCUGUGAACGCUAGCGAUAGCGUGUCCCUGUCUUGCAAUUUUUCCUCCAGUUACCCUCCCGUUGUUGAGGUUAAUUGGUACAAAGACGAUGCACCAAUCAAUCCGAUGUCUAAUGGUAAAUACUCCGGCGGAACAAUUCAUUCUCCAAACCUCAACAUAACGAAUUUCCAGGAAGAAGACCAGGGUUACUACCACUGCUCCGUCUAUAACCAAUAUGGAACCACAAAUAGCUCGAACAUAGCUGUGUACUUAUUUGGAGUGAGUUUGGUCAUUAGUAAAAGUUAUCAACAAAAAAUCCAGUCCAAUCCUAAUCACUAUGCCACCAAAAAGGAAAAGAGAUAUCAGAGGGGAGAUGGUGUCGCCAUCCAGGGGCAGAGGGCACAAAAAGCCUCGCCAUUCUCCCAGGCAGCAAAGGCCUGGAGCGCAAAGGAACGAUCAUCCCCCCACCAUGCCGAACCAGAGACUGUUGCAGGGAGUGAUGCUUCACCUGACAGUGACUUGGGGGAAUUCGCACCACCAAUCAUUGGUAAUGUUGAUUCAGAUUUCUCCCUUGUUGUAAAUCUUUCUGAUUUCACUCCUGUCCCAGAACUUUGCUGUUUUGAUAAUGUAGGUCAACACAUCCCUUUGAAGUUAAAACAAAAAAUUUGGGAUGGACAGUUUAUCGAGUUAGGUCUUCUGUUAAAAUCAGCCAAAGAGAUUAAUGAUAGUUUGGGAGGACAAGGGGAAAUUAAAAUUAGAGAUGGGAAACUUUGUAUUGUCAAGUCAAAGGUUGGUUCAUAUUUGACAAUUGAAAAAUGGACAAAUGCUUUUAUGAUUUACAUGAGUGUUAUGUUAAAGAAAUAUCGUACUAGGGCCCAAGAGUUUUUAAAAUACAUGAGAGAUAUCAGACUAGCUGCCUCUAGAUCACAGGGCUGGUUCAAAUACGAUGAACAAUAUCGGCUACGCAAAGCUAGCAAUCCUGCUAUUAUGCAGAUUCAAGCACGUCUGCAGGAGGUGCGGAGGCAAGCACCCGGCCACAACCUGUUCCACCAAUAUUUUGGCCCUAGAUCACCCAGGUUUUCAAAGAAUCUUACAAGUUUAGACAAACAAUAUCCAGUUGCAGAGCAAAAGAUCUAUAAAGAAGUCUCAUUGGGGAGAGUUGCGGGUCCCUUCAUAGAACCAACUUUUCCAACAUUACAAGUUUCUCCUUUAGGUCUUGUACCUAAAAAAGACGGUGACUACAGCCUCAUUCACCAUUUAUCAUAUCCAGAAUCUGCUUCAAUAAAUGAUUUCAUUGACCUAGAACAGAGCUCAGUAACCUAUUCAACCAUAGAUGAUGCUGCCGCCAUUAUUGCAAAAUUAGGUCGGGGGGCUUUUCUGGCAAAGUCGGACAUUAAAUCAGCCUUUAGGUUGCUACCAGUGAACAGCACUGAUUUCGACUU